AUGCCUAGAAGAUAUUCUGAUAGUGAUCAUAGGAGCGGUGCUGGGGUUUCUUUGGCUAGUUUAUUGGAAUUGUUAGAUCCAAUUGCCUCAAAUGUUACUUCGAGUUAUACUUCUAAUAAUUACUUGGCAAGAGCUAAGAAACAUUUAAAGAACUUAGAUCCAGUGGAUAAAAGAGUGCAAUUAGAUGAAUGGAAAGUAAAGGUACUCAGAAGGGUGAAAGCUCUUGACGAACCUUUACAUUCGAUAUUCUUUAAGGAUGACUCAAAAUUGAGUAAAUUCUUCUACCCGUUUGCAUUAUUCAACAUAUUUCUUGUCGGAUUGAUGAUGGGUAAGUUUCCAGAGUGGUUUCAUGUUUAUCACACAGCCUUAUAUGUGCUACUGAUGCCCAUUAGGUUUUACACCUAUUACAAGACAAAUAACCAUUAUUACCUCGCAGAUCUGUGUUAUUUUGUGAAUUUCCUAUGCAUGUUGUUCCUAUGGUGUUUUCCUGAAUCUGUCCAUCUCUAUCAAACGUGUUUUGCACUGACGUUUGGGUCAUUGAGUUUCGCUGUGGUUACUUGGAGGAAUUCGCUUGUCAUUCAUUCUAUCGAUAAGACUACUUCAUGUUUUAUUCACAUCAUGCCCACUUGCACGAUGUACAUCAUCCAACAUGGGAUAUCAGAAUCGCUAAAGUUAGCUAGAUUCCCAGCGGCUUCCAUGACAGCUUCCAGAUCUUGGGACUUGAAGAAAAAUAUCAUUUGGACUUCGUUUUACUAUCUGACGUGGCAAUCACUUUACCACUAUUUUAUCACUUUACGCAAAUCGAAAAAGAUCAAGGCUGGCGAAAGGAUAACUAGUUUCGAAUACUUGACCACUCACCAGUUUAAGGACCUUUGGGUGGUCAAAUUGCCCUCGCCAUGGCCUAUGGUUAUCUACACGAUAGCCCAAUAUUUCUACCAAUUAUCAACCAUGUUGCUAUGCGGUAUAUGGUUUCAUCAUAGAUUGGCUGCAGCUGGAUUCUUAUCUUCGAUAUUUCUGUGUGCUGCCCACAACGGUGCUACAUACUAUAUCGACAUUUACGGUAAGAGGUUUGAGAAAGAGGUCGAUAAACUACGAAAUGAAGUGCUUAGUUUACAGCAACAGCUGAAAACCUCCUCCAACAGUAACACUCCUGUGGAAAAUGGUUAUAAUGCUAGUGGAGCCAACACGGCGGAUUCGUCAGAAAGGGAAAGUAUCAGUUCAAUGAAGAGUCUAUAA